CUCUCUCUCUCUCUCUCUCUCUCUCUCUCUCUCUCUCUCUCUCUCUCUCUCUCUCUCUCUCUCUCUCUCCUCGCAUACGCGAAUUUUUAUUGAGUGACCAGGAAGUAACGUGUCGCACUCUUGCGCGUACACAAUGGCGCGUCCGUUAAUAAUGGUGAUUUGCGUCCUCGUGGUACUCGCGCCGCCGAGAUUCAUCUACGGGAGUCCUGUGAUCGAUCAUAGCAGAUCAGCCUCAAAUACGCUCACACAUAACUCAAAGCCAGAGGAUGUCACGAAUUACGAGCAGAAGAAAGCGACCAUCAUGUCGAUCAUAUGCGAAAGCGCAUCAAUUCCCGUGAAGUCGCGGCAAAAGCGAAUGUUCCAAUUGUCCGACCAGAGACUAGCCGAACUGGAGACGUUAAUGACUCUGUCGCUGGUGGGCAGGAUACUAUCGGAAGCGAGAUACAAGAACCCGGCGACACUUAAUCGCCAUAAGCGUGCCAUGACGAGGCUGACCUCUCUGAACCGCCGACCGCCGUCAAGCAAUCUCGCGAGCAAUUAAAACAUGACGCGCGUGGCACCGCUCGCUUAGGUAAGCGCUCGUCAUCAUUGUCGCUUCCGAUCGCAUUCGUGCAAAGUAUCUUCUUUCCUGCCGCGCAGAAGAACAUUCAAGAGCAUCGCCGAGAGCGCGGCGUAGCAUAUCUCAGCCUCGUAACCGUCGUAAUCAUUUUUCGGGCGAGCUUCGAGAAAUACGUAAUUGCGUAGGUCGUAAAUUAAUGUCCACGAAAAGUGACGCAAGGCGAUCACUGUAUCAGCGCUGAUAAGUGUCCCGAGCGGAGGCUGUUCUUUUCGACGACACGUUCGCAUUAUCGUCCGGUCACAGCGUUAUCGUCGCUCGGGAGCGAGUUUCACAACUUAUUUAGAUUUAGAUCAAGAGACAUGAUCGGCCCUGACGAUAAUGAGGUCUCCUCAUCUAAUUAAAAUGCGCAAUGUCGCCACGGGAAAAAAUAUUUACAAACAACGAUACCACGUUCCGUACAAUCGCGUGUCUAUUCGAGUAGUAAAUUCGAAAAACGACAACGUAAUUUCUCCCCUCUUUCCCAUCUCUCUCUCAAGAUUCUCUCUUUCUGUCUUCCCCCCCCCCUCUCUCUCUCUCUCCCGCCCUUUCUACCUCUCUCUGUCUCUCUUUGCUUCUCUUUCCCUCUCUUUCUCACUCCAUAUCGCUUGCUCUCUCUUCCUCUUUUUCUCCCCGAUGUACUUUGAAAUUGAAAAAUCCUCCUCGUGCCGAAGCAUGUGCGUUCGAUAGUAGCGUACCGUGAAACUUUGUAAAGCUCGAGACGCGCGAAAAAUCCGAUAUCUAUCAGCGAACGAUUAACCGUACUAAUCGUUGUGCGUUAACGAUGUUUAACUUCGUACGCAUUUGUUUAUAGCUGAGUCAGCCGAGAGAUCGUUUGCUAGACUAUGGAUCGUCGCGGCUAGCGCGUGAUCGGCGAGAGGAUAAAUAUUUUAUAACGCGAGAAGACAUUCUUCCAGAAUGUGCUUCUUGUCUUGUUAGAAUGGUUGCUUAGGAAAUUGCGUGAGAGCGCGCGAAAUGGAAAGCAUUUGAAUAGCAAUAUAUGCAGCAAGUCAUGUUUAUGAACCAGAUUUUUUAUUCGAACUCUUUUUCAGCGAUAAAAGCGCUUCUAAUGCACAUUUCUAAUGUCAAUUAAAACUUAAUUUCUCCGAAUUUAAGCCUUUGUCCAAAGAGUUUAAACUUAAUUAAUAUGUUUAUAAGCCAAAUUAGAAGGCUCGCAUUUAGAGGCGCUUUUACCGAUAAAAGCGAGUUCAGAAAAAGGGUCUAACAGUCUCCAUAGAGACUCACAUAUAGAUUCAAAUAAAUCCGUUGAUACACGUUGAACUUAAUGAAUGAUAUAAUAUGUGAUGAUACGAUGAUGUAAUAUGAAUGAUACAUGAUAUGAAUAUUGAGCUUAAUUCGCGUAUUUGAAAACGUCUUAAUCGAUCUGUCGUGUAGUCAUUGUAAUUGACGCGUUAACGAACAAUUUCAGGAUUUCUUUCGACAAUGACAAUUUUUCAAAUCUUCACAUGAUUGUAUCAUUUGUGAAAUUCUAUGUUCAUUUGUACUCACGUAAUAAUGUUGACUGAGAGUUGCGUAUCUAUCUCUAAUGCAGGACUCCUUAAUAUCGUGCGAGUUCCAUGCGUGCACUCUAUUAAAGCACUGUCGAAACUGAAAUUACAAGGUUGUAUUUAGUUUACGUAUUUAUUUACUAAUAAAUGAUAGGAAGUAUACAUGUAGCAAUAAUCGUAGAUAUAUAGAAGACUUCACGCAAAAAAAUAUAUAAUCUCAUCGUUAACGGAA